AAGUUUACAGCUUCACUUCAAUGUGAAUUAUCGCCGGUCUCUGGGUGAAUUAUCGCAGUUCUGUGUGUGCAGAAUAAACAAACCCGCCAUAUUAAUAGUGACCUGAAUGUCCCGUCGGCGGCGAUUGGCUUCUAAUGAGUAACUCCAGUCACAGAAGGUGUUUGAUGGUUUUCUCCGGAGUCUCUCCCUUCUGCAUUGUUCCCUUUCCCCAAUUGUUUGUGUUGCUAUGUGAUGGAGGGAAGGACGAAUGACCCAAGAAUCACGCUUGGCUCAAGUCUGGAUGAAACCCGAAGCUGAUUGUUGGUUACCAAGCGAGGGAAGGAAGCUACGUAUAUACAGAGAUAGCUGCAGUAUAUACAGAGAUAGCUGCAGUAUACACAGAGAUAGCUGCAGUAUAUACAGAGAUAGCUGCAGAGCCAGAUCUGAGGCACUGGCAAAAUAAAGACAGGUCUGCAGGAAGGAGAGAUCGUAAAAAUGGAGGUCGGCCAAAGACAGGGGAAGGAUCCAACUUAGAGAGUCUGAUUCUGGACCAUACCAAGUAGGAGAUCUGGAUAUGACAUGGCCAUGGCCGCUCCACCCCAAGAGGAUCCUGAAGGAAAUCUCAGCAGCUUCCUGGAGUGUCCCAUCUGUUACGUCCCCUACGACAACACCUUUAAGACGCCGUUACUUCUCCCGUGUUCGCACACCUUCUGCAUGGAAUGUCUCUCCAGACUUUGCCUGUUCCACAAGAAGUCUCAGGAGUUCCCCUGCCCCCUGUGCCGAACCCCGGCCCAAAUCCCACAGGAAGGGGUGCCGAAAAUGCAGCCCAACCUGGAGGUGGUAGCAAAGCUUCCGCCCGAAAUGCAGACUCUUCAAGAAGUCUGGGCGGACGGAUACAAACUGUGUUGGAUGAAAAAGAAAGACUCUUCGGAAGGUAAAGGAUCUCUGGUGACGAUACAUCUAUUAUCCAGCGGAGGGAACGAGCGGCCGGGUCCGGAGGGGCUGAUCUCCAUACAGCAGAGCGGAUGCCGGGCCUUCUGCCACAGCGUGUGGGGCAUCGGGUUCACUAUUCUCACUAUUGGCAUCCUCCUGUUCACCGUUCUGUUCUUACCUAUAUACAUGAACAGUAAAUGAUCCAGACGUCUGCUGUGAUGGUGGGAUCAGAUGUGGUGGAGGGAUCCAAAAUAAUCUGUCACUUAUAGUAAGAUCAAUGUCUACACGGGGACCUGGA